AUGUCUUCUUUUAAUAUAACUAAUUUUACUUCUACUACAAAUGAUUUUCAACCAAAAUUUACUUAUAAAAAAAGAAAAGCUAAUGAUAAUAAGAUCGAAGUUAUACAAAAUGAUGAAAUGUUGGAAGGAAAUCAACAAAAUGAACCAAUGCUCGAUAUAGGCAAAGAUGCCUCAUCCGAUUUAAAAUUACAAGAGAAUACUGAAAAGAAAAAUCAAGGUGUGCCAUCACCAUUUAUUUUAGGACAUAUUAUUAGUGAAAAUGAAUUGGCAUUAGCAACUUCAUAUAGAAAAUUAAAUGACGUUUUUGAUGAGUUUUCAGAAUUGCAACAGCAGAAUAAUAAAGUAUCCAAAAAUACCGAUUUCAAGAAGUUUGAAAGGGAUUCUGAUAUAGGAAAGAGAAAUCAAAAUAGUUUCGCUACAGAAGAAUCGAAGAAUAAUAGGAGAAGAAAUAAUAAAAAACGUGGUGGAGGCGGUGGAAGAAAACAAAAAGAAAUUGCUGAAAGAGCAUUGAAAUCAAAAUCUGUUAAUAGGGGAUUACUAGGUAAAAGAGUUAUAGUAGAAGAGUUUCACGAUAAUGAAAUUGCUAAUCAAAAAGAUAUCGACUCUGAACAAAGUAACGAUAGUAGCGAAGUUGAAGACUGGCAUGAUAUGCUUCCUAUAUUGACUUCAACUCCAGAUAAUUCCACCCUUGUAUUACAAAAAAUGGGAGAAUUUGUCAACAGGGUUGAUUCUGAAGCAAGUACCAACAAUGAAUUCCAUAAUGAUACAAGCGAGGAAUUGGACGUUCAGGAGAAUUUAGAAAUUCUUGAUCCGACUACGCCACUUGCAUUGCAGAGAGAACCUAAAGAUCAAAUCUCAAUACCACCACCAAAAAAAGAUGUGAUACGAAGAUUUAUACUCAAACCGUUAUCUGAUGAUGAUGAUGAAUUGUUUUAG